AUGCGUACUUCCCUCUUCCUCGUCGGCAUCUAUGCCACCCUCUCCGUCAUCGCCACCCCAAUCACCCCUCCCCCAACCGACCUCAACGCCGCCAAACCAGAGCCCCUCGCCCAAGACCUCGAGGGCCUCGACGUCGACAGCGAUGCGUCCUCUAUGGCAGAUCCGAAGCCAGCGACCGGGUGGCCAGGCUACCCAAGACCGAUAAACAAGGACAACCCAGCCCCCAACAAGGACCCCCGACCGUACACCAAGAACCAGUACAAGCAGUCUCAGGAAUAUAAACCCAAGUUCGAUUUCCCGCAGCCUCGGCCCAAGCCGGACAACCCGUUCAAGAACCCCAAAUGGAGGAUCCCGCCCAACAACCCCAACACCUUCAAGGACAGGAACCCAUUCAGGUCGUGGCCGCACAGGGAUCCGUUCAAGAUGCCCAAGAAGAACCCGUUCAAGCUGCCGGAGAAGAAGCCCGAGCCCAAGCCCGAGCCGGAGGUGAAUAUCGAGCCGAUGCCGAAGCAGCCAGAGCAAAAGGACGCAAAGCCCGAGCGGUACCCGACUCUCGAAGAGAUGAUACAGAAGAAUGCAGAGCCGGCGCGGUACCCGACUCACGAAGAGUGGACCGAGCAGAGCAGGGAAAUGGCGAUCGCGAAACAGUAUGAUCCGUGGCACGGAAAUGAUAAGAGCCCGGAUGCGGCACCGGAGAAUGAACCGACUUAUGAGCCGCAUGAGCAGGAUGCCCGAAGGGUUGGGAAUUAG